AAACGAUUUCAUUUCAUUCUGAAAGACUCUUCAGUCUUCACAGUUCACACAUGCCAGCUUCAAAUUCAAGAAGCUUCUUUUACCUCAAAAAUCUCCAAUCUUUGUCCAUCGUCGCCGCUAUCCAUAUCCAAUUUCCGAGCAACAUUUCCCCCCUUCCUACAGCUCAACCUAACGGAAGCUAUCCGCGUUCUGCUUAAAUGGGCACACAAAUGGUGGGCAGUAACAUAUUAGCAUUCAUAGAGAAUGAAGUGAUGCCUCUUCAUGAAGUACUAAAUGCAAUAAGAAUGGUGAAGAAUGAAGCAGUUGAAAAGAUCAAUCCUUUAAUCAUUGAGCAUGCUUCAUCACUAAAUUCUUUGCAAAUGGACUCAUCUUCUGUGGAUUUCAUCAUAUCCAUGUGUACAUCAGAAGAUUUUCCUGGUGAUAAUUUGGUUGGGGAAUUUUCACGGGUUUUAAAGCCUGGUGGAGAAAUCUUUAUUCAUCAAAGUUUUGAUGCUGCCAAAAAGAAUACAACAUCCUCCCUUGGGCGCAAGUUAUCAGUUGCAGGGUUUUCAAAUAUUGAGGUGGUUCAAAUGGCAGAGGUUCUGUCUGAAGGCCUCCAGUCUUUUGGGGUCAAGGGAAGGAAGCCUUCUUGGAAGGUUUUACCAAAAGUUGUGGUUGUUAAUGAAAUGGAUGUUAUAGAUGAAGAUAGUCUCUUAUCUGAAGAGGAUUUGAAGAAGUCCCAACUCCCAACAAUUGGAGAUUGUGAAGUUGGAAGCAAACGAAAAACAUUGCAGUGUGGAUCGGGUGAUUCUCUCCGUAACAAUGUUGGGCUUGAAAAUGUUUCCCGUGUCAAUUCUUCACAACCACCACACUCCCUACAAUUUGAAACCAUCCGUUUUCCUACUAAAACUUCACAAAACCAAUUUCUUGCAUCUCAACCCCAAUCACCCGACAACCAUGACACCCCCGUAUCUGUAUCCGUACCCGUACCAUAUCCAUCCCGACGGGUUAAGCGCUCCAAAAGAAAGAGUUUUGAAAAAGUUACAAAUCCGGAUCGUAAAAUGUCUAUUCUUACUAAAACAUGGCUUAUGGAUGAGGAAAUGACAUUGAUAAAUGCGUGGAUUGACAUCUCGGAGGAGGACACUGCAACCGGCCUGCCAACUGUUGGUCAUUUUUGGAAGCGCGUUUUGAAACAUUUUCACAAUGCAAUGGGCCGUGGCGACUACGUUACAGAAAGCCAACUCAGCUCAAAAUGGAGGGCCAUAAACGCGAAGGUGGUGAAGUUUAAUGACAUCUACAACAAAUUGUUAAAUGAACGUGGAAGCGGUCAAAGUGAAGCCGACAUUUUGGAGGCGGCGUUCCGUCGAUACAAUUUCCAGUGGGAAAGCUUUGACCGUUAUAUGUUCGCUUGGGAUGCUCUUAAAGAAUCCCAAAAAUGGGUGAAUAUGUAUGUGAAGGAUCAUACAACAAGUGGUAAUAAACGAACCAAGACAUCUCACUCCAAUGAUUAUACGACAUCGUUGGAUGCAUGUUGUCACGUUGGCUUCGACAAUGAUGAUGACACAUGUGUACCUGUACCAUCUCAACCGGUUAAGAGCUCUGAGAAAACUGCAAAUCAUGGUUGUACGGGUCCUUCUAACGGUCAAGAAUGCACUACGGCCGAGGAAGCUGCAUUGGCAAGUGCAUGGGUUGACAUUUUGGAGGAGGACGGUUCAACUGGUAAUGUGGAAACUGUUGACCUCAAUGACACGGAUGACGAGAUUGAGCCCGAGGAUGAUGAUAUUGAGUCGGAAGAACCUCAAAGCCCCAUUGGGAGAGAUAAAGGAAACAGAGCUUCGUCGUCAACUUUAUCAGGAUCCGGUAUGGAUGAAAAAAUAGAUCGAUUAGUGGAUAAGUUGGACAAAUUUACCUCGACUUACGGCCAAUUGGAAAAAGAAAAAAUCCGUAUAAAGGAAAAAGCAUGGGAGGAAAAAAUCCGUGCACAAAAUGAAGCACGCGAGGCUGAGGAUUUUAAAAUCUUAACGGCGAAUAUCGACCAUCUAAUGGGGCCCACCCUUCGAGCGGCUCUAGCAUUGAAGGAAAAAAUAGCAAAAAGAUAUGGUUUUGAGUGAUGUUUUUAUUAUUUUCAUGCAAAGUUAAAAUUUAUAGUUUAAGUUAAUGGA